GCAUGGAGCUAGAAAUAGACGAAUGUUUCUUCUCAAUGGAGUUAAAUAUUAAUAGUCACUGAUCCAUGCUUCUACAGUAGUCUGCAGUCUAUUGUAUUCCGAUGCUGCUCCACUGAAAUAGAUAUUUCUUUAUUUUGAUAAAUCAAGCAUAUUCGCCUACAGUACCUUGGAAACCAGAUGAACAUUUGCUCCACUGAAUUUGACACUGUAUCCUGGGCCAGUCCUUCAACCGAAAUACCUGUAGCCACUGUGAGUAGCUUAUAACAGUACCCGACAGAACCAACCCAGCAUGGUAGAGCCCAUCACUAUAGAUUGUGGAGAAGAGAUAACACCUGAUGAUAUUCAUCGAUUAAAAAUUAAACAAACUGAUACACGUUACUCAGGCCUCAUUGAUGCUGCCAAUGCUCUGGUCUGCCGGACAGAUUCCUGGGUUCUUAAAGAUGCGCAAAUAGACAUCGUGUUUCCAUACAAGAUUUACAAGCUGCAUGCUGGUGGUAGAGCUAACAAGUAUGUCAUCUUUGAAAACGAAAAUGGAACAGUGGAAACAACUCGAAAGAAAUGUUCUUUCCUGCUAAAACUCAAGGAACUAGGAGAAAAUGCCAUUGACUGGAUUUCCAAACAUGUUCCCCUGGGACAAUUAUUUAUGCUGAUUUUUGGAACAGUGUUACGCAAGUCUAUUAAACAAUAAUAACAAUGUUUAGAAUGGUGUAAAAUUACAAUGUCUAUAGAAUAUUAAUGAAUUACAGGUCUCCUCCAAUUAAAGACCAUUUUGUGAGUGGGGAUUUCAUGGUUUAAAAAGAAAA